AGCGAUAUAGAGACGUGCUGUGAUGCGGCUUGCAUAUAUUCUCAGACAGGACUAGCUUCUUUUAAAGACGACCUCCUCCAUCGCGUCGCUUUCCAUUCCAGUAAUGUGGCGUAUCUGUGUGGCGCACCUGUAAAGAGCGAGACACGGGACAGAAAGCCGGGCUCUUUUUUUGUUUGAUUAUUUGAUUCCUUUUUCUUUCUUCUGUUGUCUUUGUUUUAUUUUAUUAUUUUUUUUAUCUUUUCCCCCCUCUCCCUUUCUCCUCCUCCCUUUUACCUUUUUUUUAAAUUUAUUUCAUGCCUUUACUGAACAGAAACCAUUCCUGUGUUUUGAUUUAAUAAACAUUUUAAUUUCCUCAUUUUAUAUUGUUUGUGUUGGCUUUUUUUUUACGUUUUAAAGUUUGAACUUUAAAAAAAAAAGCAAGAGAGAAAGAGGGCGCGGAAUCCACAUCAUUUGAUCAGGUGUUUCAUUCAGAGACUAUUUGCCCCCCCAAGGACGUCUCUAACUUUCCUUUAUAGAAACGACGGCAACUCCAAACUAACAUGGCAGUCAGACUGUGCGAUGUGGCUUCUCUGCUUAGAAGUGGUUCGUGGGCUCCUGAGCCUUGGACUGGGGUAAUUGCGACCAUGGAAACACAGAUGUCCAAUGGGCCAACGUGCAACAACACGAGCAAUGGUCCCUCAACAAUGUCAAACAACUGCUCCUCACCUGUAGAGUCGGGGAGCAUAGAGGACAGUAAAACUAACUUGAUAGUCAACUAUCUGCCUCAGAACAUGACCCAGGAGGAGCUCAAGAGUUUGUUUGGAAGUAUUGGAGAAAUCGAGUCCUGCAAACUGGUUCGAGACAAAAUCACAGGGACUUCAUGGUACAGCAGAACGGAUGAGUUAGCAGGGCAGAGCCUAGGUUAUGGAUUUGUCAAUUAUGUGGACCCAAAAGAUGCAGAGAAGGCCAUAAAUACCUUAAAUGGCUUAAGACUUCAGACUAAAACCAUCAAGGUUUCUUAUGCGCGGCCAAGCUCUGCCUCCAUCAGAGAUGCAAAUUUGUACGUUAGUGGCUUACCAAAGACCAUGACACAGAAGGAACUAGAGCAGCUCUUCUCUCAAUACGGACGCAUCAUUACCUCACGUAUCCUGGUGGACCAAGUCACUGGCGUUUCCAGGGGCGUCGGCUUCAUCCGUUUUGACCGGCGAGUUGAGGCUGAGGAGGCCAUAAAGGGUCUGAACUGUCAGAAGCCACCAGGUGCAACUGAACCCAUUACAGUCAAGUUUGCAAACAACCCGAGCCAGAAGACCAGCCAGGCGCUGCUGUCUCAGCUGUAUCAGUCGCCCAAUCGAAGGUACCCAGGACCCCUCGCACAGCAGGCACAACGCUUCAGGUUGGACAAUUUGCUGAACAUGGCCUAUGGAGUCAAAAGUCGGUUCUCACCCAUGGCAAUCGAUGGGGUGACCAGUCUGGCUGGAAUCAACAUCCCGGGUCACGCAGGCACUGGCUGGUGCAUCUUCGUCUACAACCUGGCUCCAGACGCAGACGAAAGCAUCCUCUGGCAGAUGUUUGGGCCGUUCGGUGCCGUCACAAACGUCAAGGUCAUCCGUGACUUCAACACAAACAAGUGCAAAGGAUUCGGCUUUGUCACCAUGACUAAUUACGACGAGGCGGCGGUGGCCAUCGCCAGCUUGAACGGAUAUCGCCUUGGGGACAGAGUUCUGCAAGUCUCUUUCAAAACUAACAAAACACACAAAGCCUAAACCCCCUUCACUAAGAUUGUUUCUAGAAAACUGAACAAGAAAAAAGGGAAAUUGAAGCUUAUUGACCAUAACUUUCUACAUUAGUAAAACAGCUUUGUAAUCGAUAUUUAGAGUCCUACAUUGUUUUUGUUUUUCCACCAUUGCUAAGCUUUGAAUAUUUCCAUUAGUUUAAUACAGAAAAAAACUCUUCAGGUUUUAAAACCUGUGACAUUGAAUCUCUUGCCGUCUUCGGAUGAUUACCUAUAAGGUUACUAAAGUUUCUUGAUUUUUCCUCGCACAUUACUUUGAUACAGUCUCGUAAAGCUAUGUGUUGUGACUUUUCUUUGUGUCCUGAUUUGCCAUCGGUGCGUUAAUGCUUUGAGUGGUUAGCGAGUACUUACUUUGAGCCGUUUCUGUUAUUUUAUUGUACUGAGUUGGUAAUUGGUUGGCUGCAUAAUGUUGCUUCUUGUAAACCUAACGCAUAAAAAGACAAAAAAAAUUCUUAAAGCAGUACCUUGCCAAAGAGCUAAGAACCUCUUUGAUGUGGGUU